AUAGUACACGUAGAUCGUAAAAGAGGCGGCUUAAAAAUAAUAAAAAUAAUAAAACAUGUGAUCGAGAACAUUCUGUUAAUACGAAGUCGUUCUAUGCACAUUGCACAUGCAUGAUAGCUGCGAAAAAUGCCUUUUCCGAUCGGAGGAAACACAAUACAGAGAAACGGAGACGAUCUUGAAUCGAAGCAACGACGUGAAGUCCAAGGUGGCGAAAUGGCAGAAUAACAACGUGGAGAACAAAUAUCAACAACCUGUUCGACAAAACGACUCUUCAGACGAGGCGGAGAGAGACAAAGACAGAUUCUCGAAAAUCGAAUCGCAGAUGUCGUGGGACGACCAACGAAUGGAAGAAAUUCUGGAGAACGAGAGGAAAAAUAGCAAGAAUGAAAUCAACGCGAAACUGAAUAAUCAAGAAAAUUACGAGAACGCCGUUAUAGAAACGAAAAAGUCCAAUUCCGAUGAAAAUCCACGCAAGAUCAAGAGGAUCGACUUGAAGGCUUAUGGAUUCGAAAAUGAAUUCUCUAAUAAAACGGCUAAAACUUCCACGCCUAGAGUGGUCAAUAAAUUGGACCUUAAGUCUUUUGGUUACGAUAAUGGAAUUCGACGAACGCAAUCGACGAUUCAAUUGAAUAGCAUAGGUAAUGACGAAUUCAAGCCAAGGUUAACCAGAACGUCGAACAAAUCGAACUUAACACGAAGAAACGAUUAUGAGAACGACCGUGGUGAUGUGAUUGAAAGCAAUCGUGCUUCUGGCGAUAACAACUUGACACAGAGCACGGAAACCCUGAACAAGUAUGAGAACGAGAGUUACAACGAUUUUGGAUUGAAGUCGGCGAAAUCGGUGCCGAACAUCGCCAAAUUCUAUUCGAAUCCGAAUAGCCAAGAGGAUGAGGAGGUAGAAAGCUAUAAUCAUAAUGCGUACAACGAAUUUGGAAUGGUUAAAAAAGGAUCGGUGAGAAACCUCGCGAAUAAUUAUAGUUUGGAGAAGUGUAACAUUAAGAGUAACGAUUCUUCGGUCGACGAUUCGGAAAAUGAAACGGACAAUUCCUUUGAGAGGGAACAGAGUCACCAAUCGAUGACUGACGUCAAGAAGAAAAGUCUGAGCGAAGAGGAAUUUGAUAAUAAGGUGCUGUCGAUGCCAUCGGUCAGGAGGCUCGCUGAAGCGUUUAGCAAACAGACCGAACCCGUUCCUGGACCUAUCUCGAAGAUAACUAAAUCGAGCAACGCGAAUAAGGAGCGAUCGUCAACACCAGAGAUCCAAAUAGUUGAAACGCCAAGACAGAUGCACAGUCUGACCGCCAGAUCGCUUUCGAAACAAUUUCGAGAAGGCCUGAGGCAAAUUCCGAACAAAGUGACUUCACCUCCGGCUAGUCACGUCGUUAUGGAGCAACCUAAUAUAACGGAAAACCAAACGGAAGUAGUGCAAGGGAAGAGCGACGUGUCCAACGACACGAACGUAAUUCUACCUGGAAAAUUAAAGUCGAAUAUAAUAUUUUGGGAACAGAUGCAGAGAAAGAGUUAAAGCAAGUUUAUGUAAAAUUGAGCCCAAAGUCUUAAAAAGGAAACCGAAAGAGAAAGAGAAGUUGAAUGUUCACUUAGGGAUCAAACUAAAUUAACAUAUUACAUGCAAAGCGUCUAGAUAAAGGAUGUAAAAAUCCAGAUAACUUGGUCUUCUUUUUUAUAGAGUGCGAUAGAAAUUAUUUCCGAGGAACAGAAUUUUAUCGAGAAGCUAGAAGAAGUAGAACAAGUUAACAUCCUUGCUCAACGUAAGAAUGUUUCAACGCCGUUCAACGAAAGAG